AAAACAUGUGUGAACGUUAAAACUAAUUAUGGAGACAAAAACUUUCUAUUAUUUAUUUUUAUACAUUAGAAAAUAUCAACAAAAAUAAUUCUGUUGUUUGCGUUUUAAAUUAAUAGACAUUUAGCAAUUUUAAAUAUUAUGUGUACUUGGUUUUAUAUACAAAACAUAAAUAAAAUGUUCUGUCGGAGUCGAGGUGGAGAUUUCCAAAGAUGUUGAAAAUGAUAUUUAAAAAAUGAGGGCCGGCCUGCGCAUACCCCUGGCUCUGCCCAACACGGGCGCCGUGGCUAGGGCGAGGCGCAGGAGUUUCGUCCUCAGGUCGGCAUUGUUUGUGCUGCUUCUGCUCUUCUUGUACCUGCAAAUCCAUUCUGUUUUUACAAGUAUAGGUGGUGGACAGAGCAGUUUGUCCAGUUCUGAAUCAGCAAAUGAGACGGCUGCUGCAAUCCUGGCCAUGGUGCCUCAGGUGCUCCACAAGUACCUGGCUGUCAAACCAAAGAACGCCACAGGCGGACAAAAUACAACGAUUGGGCGAAUGACGAUCAAUCCUCAGCUGUCGAUGAUAGAAAGGCACGAAGCGGCUUUGUCCGAAAUUUCGAAACAAAUUCGAUAUUAUAACACGAAACAAACAGUAAUCAAUGAAGAAAUAUUUGGUCCAUUGCAGAAUGAUUCCGUCGUCAUUGUUGUACAGGUACAUACUCGCAUCACGUAUUUAAGGCAUUUAAUAAUAAGUUUGGCGCAGGCGCAAGGAAUUUCCAACGUACUUAUCGUUUUCUCGCAUGACUACUACGAUGAAGAUAUUAAUGACCUAGUCCAAAGUGUUGAUUUUUGUAAGGUAAUGCAAAUUUUUUAUCCAUUCUCUAUACAAACACAUCCUAAUGUUUUUCCUGGUGAAGAUCCAAAGGAUUGCCCUAGGAAUUUAAACAGAGAACAAGCCAUAUUACGUAAAUGCAAUAAUGCAUUGCACCCUGAUAGUUAUGGACAUUACAGAGAAGCAAAAUUCUGCCAGACAAAACAUCAUUGGUGGUGGAAAGCUAAUAGAGUUUUUGAUCAAUUAGAUGUUACCAAAUAUUUUACAGGUCCUGUAGUCUUUCUGGAAGAAGACCAUUACGUCGCACCAGAUUUCCUGCAUGUUCUUGGACUCAUGCAAGAAUCUGUAAAAACUCAUUGUUCAAAAUGUAGUAUAUUAUCAUUAGGAACAUAUCUUAAGACAUAUAAUUACUACGGGAAUUCGAAACAGAAGAAUACUAAGCAUACAUUCGAAAAGGGAUCAUCGAAAUCAAAAUCUAAUGAUCGAAGUCUAUCACCAACCUGGAGCUUCCAAAUUCUACCCACGCUCUACACCAGUACCCAGAAGGCUGAAAUAACACCUUGGAUUAGUAGUAAACACAAUAUGGGCAUGGUGUUCAAUCGAACCAUCUGGGAAGGAAUUAGGAUGUGUUCUCCUCACUUCUGCACAUACGAUGAUUACAAUUGGGACUGGUCCUUGCAGCAUGUCUCUCAUGUUUGUUUAAGGAACAAACUACAUGCUAUAGUUCUUAGAGGGCCUAGAGUUUUCCAUAUUGGAGAAUGUGGCGUUCAUCAUAAAAAGAAGAACUGCGAAUCGGCCGCAAUGAUCUCUAAAGUGCAGCAGGUGUUGAAAACAUCUGAAAAAUAUCUAUUUCCAUCGAAGUUGAGUCUUGUGAUGGCGAGCCCUCUGAAGAAGCAGAAACUGAGAAAAGGCAACGGGGGCUGGGGCGAUACCAGGGACCACGCCCUUUGUUAUAACAUGACAUUAAGACUCAGGUAGCUUAAAUAAUUAUUUUCUAAUUCUAUAAGUAUCAUAUUAUAGGCCAGAAACAGCAUGUUAUAUAUUUAUAUCCGAAAUAAUAAGUAGAUUUAUAUACGAACAGACAAGUGUAUCCAAGGAAAUAAAUUUAAAUUAUUUAUAUUAUUAAUGGUAAUUUAU